AAAACUAUCCUGAGCUUUGAGAUUCCAUAGGAGAACUUGGCACUGAUGCUGCUGCCCAAAAGUUCCAAAUACAACCAAUACCCUUGCAAUCUUUUUAUAAUCCCAAAAACACAGACUUGGCCAUUUUCUCACAGGCCAUGGCCAAUCAAUCCCAAAAAAGAGCAUACAAAAAAGUCUAGAGAGAGAGGUACUAGAUAUAUCCAUCCUUUUUCUUUUUUCGAGUCUUGACUCUUUAAGUACACCAACACCAACACCAACACCAACUCAUUGGAAGGAAAGGAAACCAGUCCUUUUACCUCCCCCUGCUCGCUCUCCAAACCCUCUCUCUCUCUCUCUCCCCCCCCUCUCUCUCUCUCUAAAGGUGGUGUUGUGGUGGUGGAAGAGGAAAUCAAUAAGAGAGCUAAGGGAAGGAGGUAGCUAGCUAGCUACGCUUGAUUGUUAGUAGAACAAUUCUCGAUGGAAACCUCAGCAAGGUUUCAAGAAACCAGAAACCCAUCUCCAAUAAACUCGCCUCACGGCAAUGGAAGCAACAAUGGGGUCCAGAUUCACACCUCAACAGUCACUCCAAUACCCAUCUCCAGAUCUGACACUAACCCUUACCCAACAACCUUUGUCCAAGCAGACACUUCUACUUUCAAACAAGUUGUCCAGAUGCUCACUGGCUCAACAGAAACAGCAAAACAGGCUUCCUCCAAGACAACCCAAGAUCCACCAACAACACCGACUCAAACUUCAAGAAACUACGCCAUCCCUCCUAUCAAGAACAUGCCAGCCAAGAGACAACAAAACAGCUUCAAACUUUAUGAAAGAAGAAACAACAGCUUUAAAAACAGUCUCAUGAUCAAUACUCUAUUGCCUAGUUUUGCAAACAGUAGUAACGCUUCCUCAGUUACCGGGUUUUCACCAAGAAACAAACCAGAGAUCUUGUCUCCAAGCAUGCUUGACUUCCCUAAACUUACACUUAGCCCUGUAACCCCAUUAAAUGAAGACCCUUUUAACAAGAGCUCUCCUUCUUUAGGGAAUUCAUCAUCAGAAGAGGAGAGAGCAAUAGCAGAGAAAGGUUUUUAUUUGCAUCCAUCGCCUAUCUCUACUCCUAGAGAUUCAGAGCCCCAGUUGCUGUCGCUUUUUCCUGUAACCUCACCGAAAGUCUCAGGCUCUUCUUCAUGAAAAUAUUCAAGUCAAAGGGAUUGAUGAUGGGCUAUUGAUGUUUUUGAUGGAGAGGUAAAUUUUCUAAUAAUUGGGGACUAUAUUUUAUCAUUAUAUAAAGUUAUUUAGGACACAGUGAUUUCUGCCCUGGAUCAUGGCCAACUACUUGGUAUAAGAUUUUCUUGCAGUCUGAGUGCUCAGAUUCUUGAUCAGUACCCCCACCUAGAGAACUGAGAGAUAAUGAACUCGAGGCAUCCUUAGAUAUUUUGGGUAUCUAGCACAAUUUGUAAAGUGCGUGUAAGGGAACAAGACAAGUUAAUGAACUAUCUCAGUUCGCUUCUUUCAAGAAGGAAGUGAAGUCAUUGUCCUUAGCUAGAACUUUCAAUUGCUAUGCAAAUAUGGUAUCAUGCAAUGUUAUUGUUUCGUUUCUUAUUCUAUUUUUAAAUUU